UCCAAAAAAAAAAAAAAAGAAACCGCAACAUAGUCAUCGAGGGAGCCCCCCCAUGGAUGGAGCUGAGGUCACUUCCAGUCUUUCCUAACAUGAAAGCAUCGGAUCCCCUGUGCUCUUGAGCAGCUGCUCAGCCAAAGAGCUGUUAGCAAUUUACACCCACACCAACAGCACAGGGCACACAUGGGUCACACACCUGUGUGAGCGUUUUCUGAUUUCCCCCAUCUUGUGGGUGCUUAGGGUCAAGCACCCCUUUCGACAGUCACAAGCUGUUUGCUUGUUUUUGCAUUCAAAGCUAGGGGAACCGCCUUAAACACUAAGCACCCAUCCCUCCUCACCAAGCCAAGUGGGAGGGGUUCUGAUGAGCUCCCCUGUACCAGUGAGGGGACUGGGCUCACAGGGCUGAGUGCAGACGCCUCCAGAGCCCGCAUCUCACUGUCAGCAUCGUGCUAGAGGUUACCAUGACUUGGAUGGCUUCCCAUCACCCUGUGGGCCCUGACAUGCUCACAUCCCAGGAAGGGGCUGCAGUUAUAGGGGUCUCAGGUUGGCCUUCCGGAGACAGGUGUCCCUGCCCCCUUGUGUCCCCACCCUUGGCUUUCCCUAGGCCUCUCCCUUUUCCUGUUUUGACGUUGGCUCAGCCAGGCCCGGAGACAGGGGCAUGAUGUCUUAAUCCUCCAGGCAGGAGCCACCAAGGAGAGUUCCCGUGGACUCGGUCCCUGCCAAACCACCCUUCCCAGCACUCACAUCCGUCCCACCUGGCACAGGACACACGUGAGGGCUCCUGAAUCCCAGCACCCUGACUUAGUAGAGAGGGACCCCACUGGGGGACCGAUGAAGCCCCUGACUCCCGCUCCAGGCAGCAGGCCGGGGUGAACACGAGUUGCCCGCCCUGGCUGCCAGUAUGGCACUCAUAAAUCAGGGGGUGUCUGGGGUGUCGGAAAUGGGUGUGUGGAAUGUCGGGGUAGGGUGGGCUGGGGGUGAGCCUUUAAUUCUUAGAAGGGUGGGGUGUGGGGCAGGAGUGGAUGCCUGGAUUCCAGGGCGUAGGAGAUAAGCUGGUGCAGACGUGGGGCCCUCUGGCCGCAGGGGCCGGCAGUGAAGCAGUUAGCUCCCAGCCCCAGCAGGGCAUAAAUUCGGGGCGCACCUCCCACCCUCAGGACCUGCCUGUCACAAUGGCCGUAGGGAAGGUCCUUCUGGGCUCUGUGCUGCUCCUGUCCCUGCAUCUGGGACAGGGCUGGGAUCCUGAUGCCCAUGGGGCUCCUGUGGCCAAUGGAGAGUUCUCGUCUGAGCAGGUGGCAGAGGCUGGAAGAACCUGGCUGGCCACUCACCGCCCCCUCACCCGCCUGCGCAGAGCACCAUCCGGUCCGUGCCAGCUGUGGAGCCUGACUCUGUCGGUGGCAGAGCUGGGCCUGGGCUAUGCCUCGGAGGAGAAGGUCAUCUUCCGCUACUGCGCCGGCAGCUGCCCCCGGGGUGCCCGUACCCAGCACGGCCUGGCACUGGCCCGGCUGCAAGGCCAGGGGAAAGCCCAUGGCGGGCCCUGCUGCCAGCCCACCCGCUACGAUGAUGUGGCCUUCCUUGACGACCGCCACCGCUGGCAGCGGCUGCCCCAGCUCUCGGCGGCUGCCUGCAGCUGUGUCGGCUGAGGGUGCACAGUCUGGUACCCAGGAGCUGCAGUACUGGGGAAGCUUGGCUGAGUUCUUUAUUGGAGACCUGGAUGCAGAGACAAGGACGGGAGUGGGCUGGGGCGAUCAGCAUUGAGUGCAAUAAAGGACACCACUCUCCUGGC